CGUCAGCCCCGUAAGAAGUUUGGUCCCGUCCCGGUAGUGCUGCUAAACGAAAACAUUACCGUUGCAUAUUGUGGUGAUAGAUUCCGUUCGGACUCGUGAAAUAAAUCAAAAUCCUAGUUUACACAGUAGUUUCUUAGAUUUGAGACUGUUUACUAUAGUACUAGUAGCUGGUUAACAUGUUUAAGAAAUUCGACGAAAAGGAAAGUAUUUCCGGUGUGCAGCAGCUCAAGUCCUCUGUGCAGAAAGGUAUCCGAAAUAAACUAAUCGAACAGUUUCCACACAUUGAAACGCACAUCGAUCAGAUACUGCCGAAGAAGGAUCAGUUCCGUAUCGUUAAAUGUCACGACCACAUCGAAAUCCUAGUGAGCAGCUCCGGUGAACAGUUGUUUUUCCGGCACCGGGAGGGUUCGUGGAUGCCAACGUUGCGGUUGUUUCACAAGUUUCCCUUCUUCCUACCGAUGCAGCAGGUCGACAAGGGUGCUAUCCGGUUCGUGCUAAGUGGAGCGAACAUUAUGUGUCCCGGUUUGACGUCGCCGGGGGCUUGUAUGACCGAGGUUGAUAAGGGGAUUGUGGUAGCGAUUAUGGCUGAAGGCAAAUCGCACGCGUUGGCGAUCGGUCAGACUACGUUGUCCACCGAGGAUAUUGCUAAGGUCAACAAAGGAGUGGGAGUGGAGAAUUGUCACUACCUCAACGACGGUCUAUGGCAGAUGAAACCGGUCAAGUAAAUGCCAUAAACCCACUGGAGCUGUGUUCUCUUAUAAAUAUAUAAAGAAUAAAUUACUGUCUGAAAAGUGAGACUAUUAACAA